UCUGCACAUCUGGAGGAGGAACCGCUGUGGACUGGAAGGUGGUGUAAGAGAGAAGCGAAAAGGAGCAACACUCGGAGAGACCGAACAGAGAGAGGCUGAGUGAGUGAGUGAGUUUGCACUGAUGUCGGGAUCACUGUGUCGGAGUCUGUACGCGUUCAGCGGCGAGCAGCACGAGCGCGGUUUGCGUUUCCAGCCCGGGGAGCUGAUCCGCAUCACGCGCGCGCUGCCCGGUGGCUGGUGGGAAGGAGAGAAGGAUGGAGUCACGGGAUGGUUCCCUUCCAGUUACGUCCAAGUCGUGGAGAAAUCUGCCUCCUUGAGCAUGUUAUCUGGCGAGGAGGCUUGCCAAAGCCCAUUGCCUAAAGACUGGAAGUGUUACGUGUCACCACAAGGACGGAAGUACUACGUCAACACUGUAAGCAACGAGACUACAUGGGAAAGGCCUUCUAGUGUCCCUGGGACACCCAGAACAUUAUUUCGACACAAGAACUCUUUACCAGCGGUGAAUGGAUUUCAUGGCAGCAGUGGUCCAUUGCAUCAGACAGAGCAGUCACACGUAUCAAAACAGAAGGCCAACACAGAUCAACAGAGCCCUGUGUCCACAUCUCCAAGGAAGACGGAGCACAAGACCUCAGUCAUGCAAAUCAACUGCGUGACGUUCCCCCUCCCGUUACACACCACCGAACAGCAACUGCUCAAACCAGAGGAGUGGAGCUACUGCGAUUAUUUUUGGGCAGACAAAAAGGACCCUCAGGGGAAUGCCAGCAUCACAGGCUUUGAGGUCUUACUGCAGAAGCAGUCGAAGGGGAAACAGAUGCAGAAAGAGAUGGCUGACUUUAUGAGAGAGAGGAUCAAGAUUGAAGAAGAGUAUGCCAAGAAUCUCUUGAAACUCUCUCAGAUCCCUCUAGCAGCUCAGGAGGAAGGUUCCUCUGAUAUCUCCAGCACACUGGGAGAGGCCUGGGCCCAGCUGAAGAAAAGUCUGGCAGAUGAGGCCGAAGUACAUCUCAAGUUCUCCUCUAAGCUACAGAGUGACGUAGAAAAGCCCCUCCUUUCAUAUCGAGACAACUUUAAAAAGGACAUGAAGAAGUAUGACCACCAAAUUACUGAUCUUAGGAAGCAGCUGGCCAGUCGAUACGCUGCUGUUGAGAAGGCACGUAAAGCGCUUGCAGAGAGGCAGAAGGAUCUGGAUGUAAAGACUCAACAGCUGGAGAUCAAACUGAGCACAAAGAUUGAAGAGGACAUCAAAAAGGCCCGCAGGAAAUCCACACAGGCAGGUGAUGAUCUGAUGCGAUGUGUUGACCUGUACAACCAGGCUCAGUCGAAAUGGUUUGAGGAGAUGGUCACUACAAGUCUGGAGCUGGAGAGACUUGAAGUAGAGCGAAUAGAAAUAAUUAGAAAACACCUCGGCCAAUACACGACACUGCGGCAUGAGACGGACAUGUUCAACCAAAGCACGAUGGAGCCGGUGGACAAACUACUCCAGAUUGUAGAUCCAGCCAAAGACAGAGAGAUAUGGGUAAAGGAGCACAAGACGGGCGAGGUGAGACCAGUGGACAUGGACCUCUAACUCCGAGAGGAUGUGUUGGUGAUAGAAGAGAUGGAUUCUUCAUUCUUUGCUCCAAAGAUGUGUGGAGAAACAACAUACUGGAGUACAAACAGUGUCAAAGGAACAAGAGCUUGUGAAUGAAACUGCUGUUUGAGAACAUAGAGCCUAAAGCAGUGCGUUAUAUCGCACAGAGACGGAACCCAGAUGUUCCUCUGAACUUUGACCCAAUGAUGGAUGCUAUUUCAGUACAAACAUGUAUAAAUCUCUCUCACACACACACACACACACACACACACACACACACAGAGAGCUGCACAAAUGUUUGUAAAAGUGUUCAAUUGUCCGUAACAGGAAAUCAAUGUUUUAUUUUCAGCCUCAUCAAAAGAAGAAAUUUUUUCCAGUAAACUGCUAAUUAUGGAAGCCGAGAGAGGCCCUUCGUAUAAUCUUUUUUUAUUCACCUUGUUAUCUCGAGAUAACGACAUAAUUAAUUCAGGAUGUCGAGAAAACAACACAACUAAUUCGAGAUCUCGAGAAAACAAAACAAUUAUUCCGUGAUCUCGAGAAAACAAGACAAUUAUUCCAUGAUCUCAAAAAAACAAAACAAUUAUUUCAUGAUCUCGAGAAAACAGCUGAGAUUUCUAGCAGAGCUGCGCCCCCUGUGGGCCAGACAACGAAGACUUAGAAAUUGGCGGACAUGUAACAGAGCAGAAAUGGCUUUUUACGUUGCCUUGAGAGAGAGGGGGGGUCCCAGAGGAGAUUAUUCCAGACAUUCUAAUGACCAAAGUUGCCUCUAUACAGAAUGAGAAAUAGCCCCAAAGUCAGCAUAUCACAAGUCUCUUGGCGCACCUGAAUGAACCAUUUCUCAGCUGUUUACUCGAGAUCAUGAAAUAAUUGUUUUGUUUUCUCAAGAUCACGGAAU